CUUCCUCGCAUGUCUCCAAACCAGCCUGUCAAAUCACGGCAGCAUGUGAAACCCUUUCUCUAGAUACUUCAAUCACCGGCUUUUAAAUGUGUAUUUCUUCUGGAUAAUAUUUUGUACUUGUCUUUGAUUGUUUUUCUCUUUCCAAUACAUUGGCUCACAGGGCUUUAUUUGGACUGAAAUGGUGCAAUGCUCCCUAGGACAGUGCCGCGUUUAUUUUGGAUGUGUUGGAUACUGCUUUUCUGUCCGUUAAUAUGGGGCAUUGAAUGUGCCAGUGCACAAAGUUGUCAUGAAGUUAAAACUGCUUUCCAGCUGCGCCAAGUCGGUUCAUUAAAAUGGGUUCCAGAGACAGCAGCAACAGAUGCAGAUCUUUCUAUCUGCAAGCACCAGGGUCCCACUUGCUGCACCCGGAAGAUGGAAGUGAGCUACUAUGCAGCUGCCCAGAGAGACACACUCCAAAACAUUCUCUCCUAUAGCUUCGAACUCAAAUUUCUCAUCCUAGGCCAUGUCUCUUCCUUCCAGGAUUCCUUCCAUUCUCUACUCUCCUUUACAUUAAAUCACACCUACUCCCUAUUCGACAGUGCCUACGAGCCAAUAUCUCAAGACGCAAGGCCGAUAGUGUCUACCCUCUUCUUUGAGCUUGGUGCCUACCUCCGUGGCAGCGCGAACAUCUCCGUGGAACGCUCUGUCAAUAGUUUCUUUGACAAACUCUUCCCGUUGGUCUAUCAACACCUAGUCAAUCCUGGUUUGGGUUCCCCCGUAUCUAUCUGGUCUUUCGAUGGAAGUGAGUGCUUGCGUGCCACGCGGCACGAUGUCAACCCCUUCGGCUCUCAUCCACAAGACCUUUUUCAGGAGCUGUUUAGGGCACUAGCUGCUGGACGUGCCCUAAGUCGGGCUCUGGCGGUGGGUGGUGAGUUGCUGAAUGCCACAGAGAUGGUAGGGUUGGCACGCCAAUGUGGACACGCACUUGUGCGGAUGCAGUUUUGCCCACAUUGCCGUGGCUUGACGUUGAUCCGACCAUGUAGAGGACUAUGUCUCAAUGUGAUGCGGGGCUGUCUGGCAGAUCUUGCCGAGUUGGAUGGACCCUGGCGACGCUAUGUAGCAUUGCUGGAGGGGCUGAGUGGGGCACUGGCAGGAGGUAACGAGCUGGAGCUGGCCCUUCUACGCAUCCGGGAGAGGAUAAAUGAUGCCAUACUUACAGCCCAACUGAAAGGGCCACAUCUCAGUGCUGUGGUUGGUAAGGUUUGUGGAUCCUUGACUGAGCCAGUUUCCUCCACUCCAGUCAUUUCCACCUCGAGGAGUCUGGAUCUUACAGUGAACUCCACCAUAGAACCCCAAACCUCAGUCUCGUCCUCAAGUCCCACAACACUACCUGAUACAGGCAACCAACUCAAGCUCAUUACACUCAAAAGAAGGUCUCUGCCUCUAAAGCCAUCCAGAAAUGACAAACCCAGAAACCUGAAAAAGAUUUCAAAGGAAUUUACGGGCUAUAUCCAGCGGUACAAAUCGUUCUUCUCCACCCUGCCGGAGAUGCUGUGCGAGGGGGAAGUGGUAAUGGAAGAACACACCUGCUGGAGUGGAGAGGAUGUGGUGGAGAGUUAUACAGGUCAUGUGGUGGGGAAUGGACUGCAAGCCCAGAGACAUAACCCAGAGAUAAAAUUCAAAAGUCCUGAUCCAGUUCUGGUCACUGUGAAGGAAAGAUUAGAACACUUUAACCAGGAGCUGUGGGGUGAGGCGGGUUUGGCAACAGAUGGCCACGAAGAAGCUGACACGGGCAGCGGCGAUGCGGCAGAAGGCAGCGGUGAUUGUGACGAUGAAGAUGGCUGUCAAGGAUCGGGACACAGCAAAGGUGAGACAGUGAACAUUGAGAAGAAAAUCAGAUUACAUAUUCCACCAUGGGGCACCAAUACCCCAAUCAAACCCAGACCCAAACCAGGGGUGAACGUCAAAGGAGCCGCCCACACACCGACAAUCUCACCCAUCCUAGUCCUUCUUCUCUUAUCCUUGAUACACCACCUCCUGUUGUCUGACACCAUCUGAAGCUCACAGUGCAGUGCAAAGAUCAGAACAAACAGGAAAAGAAAAGACUCAAGAUUCAAGCAUGUAUUUGCACUAGUUCCAUUAGAAGCCUGCACACUUGUCUCAUGGUGUGCAUCGCACACAGCUGAUCUCCUCAAAUGCUCAGUAUGUUCGUAAGUCGGCCCUGAAGGAUGUGACCAUUCAUGUUGCCUGUUCGAAAACCACUGGUUAUUCACACUGGCUUGUUUGCUCAGUUAAAUGUUUUUAUGUAGCUCCUAAAGGCCUUGCACACCAAAGGCGAUGCAAAUACGAGAGGCGAAUCACCAACAAAUGGCCCUUGCACAUAGUAGCGUCGCGAAUGACAUUGUUAGCACAUUCACGCCUUUACAAAUGGUGGCGCUAAUCAAUAAGCAAUUUUAUCCUGGUAUAGUAGGUGGCUCAAUGCAACUUUGAGGUAGUCUGCCUUCUGCCUAUGAUGGAUGAGAAGAAGUACUUGACAAGCAGAUAAAAAACAGAAAAUACAUUUCUCUACAUGCUGCAGCAGUGAUGAAGAGUUUAUUGUUGAUUUGAUCAACGAGAAAGAAACAUACUAUUUCAGUUCACCUGUUGGUCCAGUUGACAGACAGUAUUAUCAUGUGUGCACAGUCUGAAAGAAUUGAGAGGGGGGAAAAAUAAUGGUUAAAAUGUUAUCAUGCAGAUUACGUGCCAAUGCCAGGCAUUCGCUAUAUAUAUUGUGUUAAUUACAUUUCUUUAAAUUCACAGCGUAAUGCACACAUAUAAAACGACUGUUGUCACAGAUGUUGCAGAUUGUCUCUUAUUGCAUGUGGUACAUUUGCUCAAAACAUGUCACUAAUUAAACUUUACGGCAUUUAAACACUCAAAGAGUCUAUAUGAUGCAAGAAAUACAACACAGAUUUCACCCAACAAAAACAUCUUCAGUCUGACCCAUUAUUAGAUACUAAAACUUGCCAAAGACAGCUGUUAAUUACUAUUAACAAUUGCACAGAAAUAAGGAUUUUGUUGAGACACCACCACAUUUUUGGUAUACAAAGGCAUUUUGAUACAAAUACAUAUAGUGCACUGCAUGUCACAGCAUUAACGCAAUUGAUAUUUGGCGAAGAAAAAAAUAUGUUUAUUAAAGAAGUGAUACAAUGAAAAUAUGCUGCGAUAAAUGUUAUAUUAAUGAAACAAGAGAACUCAAGUAUGAUUAAAUGCAAAGGCAAACAUUUCAGCAAUAUGGAAUGCAUAAUGAAGACAAUCCACGUAAAAUCAGAGAGGUUUUUUAAAGGGAUGCAAGGCAGUGAUGCAGCAAUAUCAUUUACAUGUUAAAAUAUAUACAUUUUUUUCAGUUUUUAAGGCAUUUUAUGCAAAUGAAUGUCACAUCCUCAGCACAUUGUACAAAGGUGCCUCUGUUUGUUCCUGGCAGGCAGCAGAUACCCUAAUCCCAGCCCCAUCUUAAUCCUAACCAUAUGGCGUCUGUAAGGCUGAGACACCUUUAUCCCAUGGCGCACGUCCUCACUGCUGGUUCAGGAUUUCAUCCUCAAGUUCCUUCAGUGUUUAAUUUCGGUGGUCAAAGCAGCUUUUUGCACUUUAGCGUUACCUGUUGCGCUGGUUUUGGAAACUGCAGCAGCUCCAGACACUUGAUCUAAAGCUAAUAUUUGAUUGGUUGGGGCAUUUUAUUGCUCACUCACAGUAAAAAAAAAAGCUUUGCUGUGCCGAUGCGCGAUGUGGUGCGAUUGUUUGCUCCAGGUGAGAAUGGCUCUUUAGGAAUGCAUUGUUUAGAUUCAAAAUGUUAAUCGAGCCAAGAAAUCACGACAAAGGUUCGUGUUUGGUGUGCUAAGGCCUUUAAUUGCAAACAUGUCAUUCGCAAUGAUUUAUUGGAGUGGGUGGACACUUUUGAGGGUUUUUGCUGCUAUCUUUUUUCAUGGCAACAGUGACUUCUCUGAUUGGUUGAUUUCUCUUUAGGAUUGUGGGUAAUGUAGUACUUCACAGAGAAUUCAUUAAAAAGGAAAUCUCACUGAGAAAUCACACUGAAUUUUUACAGUGGCUCACAUCUCAUGGUAGCUCUGUGUUUAUAUUAGGGAUGUGCACGAAUAGUCGACAUUCGGUUAAAUUUCGAGGAGCCACUAUUCAAAUACCAAAAUCACUAUUUUGUUAUUUUACACAUGAAUAACCGACAUCUUCAACUGUACAUGAACUCGAAGACACACUAGCAGGUUUUUCGUCCCGGUUUGGGUCUGUUUUUCCAGUAUGAGCUAGGAGCUGUUCAAAAAUGCUUUUUUCUGCAUCUGCACCGUUUUUCUAUAUACUGUUAGCAUGCGCUGGACGGACCUCUUUGACUGUUGUGCUGAAUCAAAGUAAAGAAUCCAAGUUAAAAAGAACUUAAAUUUUUGUACCUGCAUUUCAUUCAUUGUGCUGCGUUCUGAAGAAGUUCAGGUUGCAAAAAGGGACUUUGUGUGACUGUUACGUCUCAAAGGAAAUGUGAACCUGCCUGGGUGGAGCGCAUAUACAGACUGUGAGUUUGAUUAUUUUUGUUUGACUUCAAUGUGAGAUUUCAUAAUUUGAAAAUAUAUACAUUUUAGGCUCAUAGCUUACCGUACUUUUUAUUUGCUGCUAUUUUGAGUAGUGUUUGAUAAAAUUCUAUUGCAAUAAAGACUCUUUAUUCUCAUGUCCUGACGAAAAAACUGUUCACGAAACCUCACGGUUAACCGAAUGUUAAUGACGCCGAAUGUGCACAUGCCUAGUUAAUUACAUUAUUUUUUUUAUUAAUAAAUGUUUUACUUUCAAAACCCUGCUUUAGUGCUCUAUUAUGCUUGUCUGGUUCAGUACGUUUUGCAAUAACACAUUACAUCCUGAAAAUGUGUCACUAUCCUUUAACGGUAUUGGGAAGUCUACCCAUUUCUUUUUAUUUGUGUACUAUUGUGUGUGUAAAUUGUAUUCAAGAAAGAGCGAGAAGAAAAUGUUGUCUUUCUUUUAUCAAUCCACCUGUUUGUGCAAUUCUAGGACUUUUUUAAAAGUCAAAUUGUACAUUAACAUACAGUAUUUAUACUGAAAUGUAUGUAUACAAAGUGUGUAUAUGGGAUAGUCGGGUUGUGCAUAUAACCAUUUAAAAGUAUGCAAAUAGCUUUUUAUUAACUCAAAGUGUAUUCAGACUUUAUUUUAACUAUAUGUACAGUACGAAGUUUCAGACCAUUGGCUUCUAACACUUCUCCAAGAUGUUUUGACUGUUUGCCAUAACAUCACAGUCUUAAGAUUUGGUUUAUCCAUGUAGCUCUGACAGCACAAUAUGUCAUUUGUUAACGUAAGUGCUUGUACACAAAUCGAUCAAUAAAAUGAUAUCAGAUUUUCAGAGUAGUAAUGUCUUUUUCAUCUCUUUAUCUCGUUGUUUCUCACUAAGGCACUCUUUGAAAUGUACAUUUUUGUUCUUAUUUCAGCACCUUUUCUGUAUCAACAAUAACCUCUA